UAUUGUUGUGGAAUUGUUUAGGACCCCCAAAUCGGUCGAUGUCUCCUUCAGCAUAGUUCUACCUUCCGGACGUUGUCCUCCGAGAAAGCUGUGCUACCUUUUUUCCAUUGUCAAGCAUGCGCGUCGUCCAUCCAGCUCGUUAUAUUGAACAAACUUCUGGUGACUGUGUGAGUUUUGAGGUCCUCCCGCUAUUGGAACUUGGUUUCUUUUUGUCGAUACGUUAAUGACCCUCAAUGUGAACAAAGGUCUCUACUUAUGUGAAAGUCUUUGGAGAUGGCCUCGAACAAAGGUUGUCUGGGCUUCUAUUGGCAGACGGCAAACUUUGCUUCUUUUUGAAACGGCGAUACAUUGGCUUGUAUCGAAAGCGUCGCGUCGCUUGUUCCAUAUGGAGAACGAUAGCAUCAAAAACAAGCACACGAAUUGUGAUUUGAGAGACAUUGAAAAAGACCUGAAUGGACUUUUUGAUGAUACAUUUAUUCUCGAGAGAUAGUCGUGCUCAUUGUUUGGCUGCAUUUCGUCAUCAAAUUCCGAUAACCGAUGCUCAACAUUUGAAUCCCAUGAAUCCACCAACCCAAACACGACCAAAGGGUCUUCUUUUGUCUCCUCUGACAUCUCCAUCCCUGUGAUCACGUUUCUCAUCAUCAACGCCGUCAUUGCUAUUACCCACAACUCUUUUCUCUUUUCUAUCACGGAGGAAAAAGUUAAGUACAUACGUGCGAGUACGUCGUCUCUCGAUGAGAAGAAAAGAGAUCUCAUCCUGACAUCUUUUCCGAACUCGGGUAUGAGAAAAGGUACGACGACGAUGACAACAUCAUCAUCAUCUUCGUCAUCUCGCUUCCAGCCCGGAGGAGGAGCUAAAGGCCACAAUGCUUCAGAAAUGGUGCCCAGAGAUUGGGAUCUCAAUUCUACCAGAAGUGAAGAAGAAAAGACAGUUCAUUUUUUUCGAAAAUCCCUCAAGAACGAGGAAUCGACCAAAGGGGACCAAUCGGGUGGAGAUGGCCGAAGUAAUCCAAAACGAACGAAUGGAUCAUGGCAACCAGAUGCAAAUCGGAUGCGACACUCCGUGAUUGAUGAUUCAGAUGAUGUGUAUUCCUCUGGAAUUGAUUCGGACAAUAUGUUUGAACCACUGCCGUCAUCGGCCGCAACUUCGGGCUUGGGGAGUAUUUCAAGUGGAAGCUUAAACACGCUCCCAAAUGAUGUCGGCAUUCUAAUAUACGAGCAGAAGCUAAGAAAAUGCAUGGAAGAGCUGGAAUGGACGCGUGCCAGAUUGUCAGAUCGAGCGCUGGAAGUGGACAUUUUGGAGAAACAUGUGGCUAAGUACCAGAAAUGGCAACAACUUAACCCCAAGGGUACUACUACUGGUACUGAAGGGGCCCUGACAGUUCUUCCCAAUAUAUCUAGAGCGUCAUCCAGUUCCUCUUCUUGGCGGGAUUGUCCUCAAUGUCUGAAGAAGGAUGAUGUCAUCGCGGAGCUCUAUGAUCUUGUUUCAGUAAAAGGCUUCAACCCCGACAAAAAGGGUCCAAACGAUGAACUCGCUCUCCCGAGGAGCUUAAACGACAAGAAUCAGCAGAAGUCUGACAUUGAUUUUGAUCAAGUAAUCAAGAACGUGUCCGAGCUGAACCGGCUUGUUUGUGAGAACGAGAGGAGCGUGGAGUAUCACCCCGAGGCAAAUUCCGCCUCUUUUCAGCAGUAUCCUGCUUUGUCUCUGGACCUCUAUGCAAAUGGAUUCUACUUGGACGGACAAGUGCGCUUCCGCUUUCACAAUGAACCUGCAAGCAGAGCGUUUCUAAAGGAUCUGGCUGACGGAUACUUUCCGGCCGAACUUCAGGGAGAAUACCCAGAUGGAGUCACCUUGCUAUUGACAGACAAGAGGGACGAGAAUGGGCCUGGUUCCAAAAUUGGUGCCACUCGAGCCUUUGGAGGUCUCGGUCGAAGCCUGGAGGGUACUGAAACCUCUUCCGGCGUACGGAAAAGCAAGGGAUUUGCUUCAAAUUCCGUUCAGCCUCGAUGUUCCAUGAGAGAAGUGGAAAUGAAGGCUAUCAAGUCCGAAAACAUAUUAGCUCCUCUGAAGAAAUCGCCCUCAACUAGUUCAUUGUCUUCCUCCAAGUCGAGGAAGAGCAAUUCGAGCAACAUUUUUUUGCGUAAUAGCAGGGAAAUACCACCCAACAACAGAGGAGCCAAAAAUACCACCGCCAAUGAUAUGGAGCCCCCACCAUCCGGACCCAGAAAUCUGAAACCACUUCCGACAGGCAAGGCCACCAAGUCUGGUUCGUCGAGCUCGAGGAAAUUGACUCCACAAGUCAAUAUUUCAAACUCAUCAUCCAAGGGGAAAAAAUUGAUGUCUUCGUUGCCUUCGGCGUCGACGUUGCCGCUUUCAUCCGCUUCUACAUUUCGACCCAAGGUGGCGGCUCCGUUUCAAGAUAAACGGAAGCCUCGUCGAAACUCAUGUCACCUCAAGGUGAUGGGUUUAGCGGGAUUUCCCUUGAUUCUCGAACUUGUUGCUUAUGAUACGGUGAGAACCUUGAUUGGGCUCCUCCGUAAUCAGUUGCAAUUACAUCGCCAGGAAGGAGAAGAUGUUGAUAAACACGCGGAGUUGCAAAUGUUCUCUUCCUUUCCCAGACAUCGAUUGGACUUGGAUGUCAGCAUGACUCUGGGUGAUUUAGGAUUACUUCCCAGGGCUGUUUUGCAUGUUGUUUUGAAGCCUUCCACUGCCAUGAGAUGAUCCGACUGAAAACUUGAUAUUUCCUCUACCUUGAGGAAAUAUGUCUGAGCUACCGACAGUUCCUAGACAUUUUGAAGCGAAGUGAAACGUUACCUUCAUCCCUAUUCGUGGUGCGGUUUUUACUUCUCUUGUUCGUUUCAAUCACCAUGUAAACAUCGAGCGAGGUCACUUUUAAGUAUCGUAGUAAGAAGCGGAGAAUGAAGACGAAAAGGAGCUCAGAAAAAGGAUGAGGUGUCAGUGUCAAGAGGAAGACAAGGCUGAAGUGGGAAGUACAACAAAGGCCAGGGUACGUGAGCAGAAAAUUGAAAUCAGCCUCGGCUUUAAAGCCUGUAUCAAAUCUGUGUUCCCCCACAUACACUGCUCAAAUAAAUCCACCCUUCAUCUCCCAAUGCACGAUGUGUAAGCACGUGUCUCGAAGUCGAAUCGUUCACCGCACAGUAUGUGCAGUAUGUGAUAUGAAUUGUGCAAACUCCGUAGUUGGGGAACCUUGAGUACAUACAGUAGUUGUUGUGGUUGUAGCGGUGGUGGUAGUGGUUUGCGUCGAUGUUCGCAUAUCAG